AUGGCAUUAAAUUUCCAAAAACAAACGACUGGGACUCCGUUACAUACGAAUUCACCAUUUCCAGAUUCUCGAUCGCAAGAUAUGCUUACGAAAUUAUCAUCACAGCCUUUUUUUAUCGCUCACGAAAAUAGCAUUCCUACCGCUCUAUCCUCAACAAUAUCUCCCACACCUUCUACCUCCUGCAAAAAUAACGGCUCUACUAUUCUAGCGUCGGAAUCAUUACAUAAAAACUCUCUUUUUAUUCGUGAUAGUAUUUCUGAUAAUAUUCCUGAUAGUGUUUCUGAUAAUAUUCCUGAUAAGAUUCCUAGUCUGUCAACACCCAUUGACAAUAUCCGACCUCUGUCAAGGCUUAAUGAUAAGAUUGACAAAAUUAUCACCAACCAACCUCUUCAGCCAACACCCACUGACAUCACUAGUAGACAACCCCCAAAAAUACCCAAUGAUAAUAUUGAUAAUACUAUCACCAACCAACCUCUGCCAACAUCCGCUAAUAUUAAAA